AUGUCAUCGACCCGAAGAACGCUCACGCGUCACAAAUCCGGUUGCUGCUGGACUUGCACAUUGCGUCGUAAGAAAUGCGACGGUGAGAAGCCAGCAUGUUUCGCGUGCAAGUCGCGUAACAUCACUUGUCAUGGGUUUGGAAAUCGACCUGAGUGGCUGGACAGCGAGGACAGAAAACGUGUUGAACUGAAGAAGAUCAAAGACGCUGUGAAGCUGAACAGGAAGCGCAGAAGGACAGACGCAACCGAAGAUCGUGAUGACGAGGAUCUGGCGAAUAAUGCACGACCCACAUUUGCACAGAAUAUAGCGACGGACCCGUACCAGAUCCAGAGCGACGAGGAUCCCAUGAAUGAGCCAUCUGAGAUGCUGGAACCAUGUCCUGAUCUAUCAGCAGCGCACUAUUCGCCUCCAAUCUACGAGCAAGGCUCAAGCCAGACGCCCUCGAUUGCACAGACUCCAAUGGCGACAACCUACUUUCGAUUUGGUUACCAUCGCGAAGCAGAGUUGUUGAUGCACUAUUUAGACCAUGUCUUUGCUCUUCAAUUUCGGUUUCACACGCCAUCUGUAGCGAACGGUGGUCGAGGUUGGCUGUUAUGGCUUCUGACCGAAACAAAGCCUCUAUAUCAUGCUGCUCUCAGUCUGGGGGCUUUGCAUCAGCACUCCUUACUUGCUCGUUCCGCGCAGGGCCAGCGUUAUCACGACACAUUGAGCGAGCUGAACGAGCAUCACAGUCGCGCCUUGCAAGAGCUUCAAAAAUUCUUGCAAAGUAGCUAUGAGGUUUCGACUGGCGCUCGAUCCGGUCGAAAGAGACGUUUGCAGAUUCUUGCUUGCGGCGUCCAGUUCAUUAGCUUCGAACUCUUUCGUGGGGGCAAGAGUCAAUGGCAGGUCCAUCUAGAUGCUUUGGCUACUGUGGUUCGCGGCAUGACCCUGGGCUCCAUGGAAGACGACGCUUCACCUGUAGAUUGCGACCCUGGCACACCUAGCGGAAGGGAACCUCAUCGCUUGGAGAGUAAUGCAGAACACUUCCUGGUUGGAGCAGUGCUGUGGUUCGACGUGAUGUCGUGUGCCUCCACGAACGAGCCUCCUCGUCUUCACGCCGAAGCACUUGACCUUCUGCAAGGACAAAUUGAUUUGGCGAAUAUCAUAGGUUGUCAACCAUGGGUCACCCUAGCCGUAGGCGAUAUUGCAGCGCUUAGUGCAUGGAAAACAGAAGCAAUUUCGACGAGCAGCCUGAGCUUCUGGAAACUAUUUGAGCAAGGUCACCCCAUUCGUAAACGCCUAAAGGACGGGAUAGCUAGUCUUCGCGCAGAGAUUGACGAAUCAUUUGCUGCACUGGGCCUCUCGCAUCUAGGAACCAUGGGCGCCUACCUCGUUCUUACCAACCCUGGCGUUCAACAAGAAGCGUUUAAACGAGCGAUCACCUUGGUCUUUGCACACGCUGCCCAGGUCUACCUGGAUACAGUUAUCUCAGGAGCUGAUCCGAAGCUUGACGAUGUUCGCAAUAGCGUCAUCGACACAAUGAACGCUUUGCAAGAGUUACGAUUCAUCUGUGAUGCUCAAGCUUUGCGAAACCUCAUCUGGCCGAUAUGCAUUGCUGGAAGUAUGGCUGAGGACGUGCCGACUCAAUCAUACUUCCAGGGCCUAAUCCAGGAUCUAGGCGAAGAAGCUCACGCUUUCGGCAAUACCACAGAUACUUUGCGGAUCAUGCAAAAAUGCUGGGCUUCACGCGCUGAGGACGGAUCUGGAUCUUGGGAUUGGGCUACUGCUAUGGAAUCUUUGGGCCAAUGUGUGUUAUUAGUCUGA